AUGGCUGACCAGCGACUGACGCACGGCGUGUCCGUGGCAGCUGUGCGGCGGUUUCUGGGUGAUCUGAAGCGCGAGUUCCCCGACACGUACACUGAGAUGACCACGGAGGAUGCCUGCAAGCAACUGGUUGUGCCACGCACGCGCCAGGACAACUGCGCCUACGUCGAGCAGCUGCGCAAGCAGUCGCCAGAGCACGUGAACAAGGCCACCGUCUUUGUGUCACACGCUUGGCGGUACAAGAUCGCAGACGUGCUCAAUGUCUUGCUGGAGUUUGCGGAGGAGCAAGCAAGGAAGGACGACGGCCAGCCGGUGUUCUUCUGGUUUGACCUCUUCAUGAACAACCAAAACGCCAACGUCACGGCUAACCUCCCACAAGAGUGGUGGAGCACGACGUUCAAGCAGUCGAUUGCCAACAUUGGCCAUGUGCUGCUGGUGCUCAUGCCGUGGCGAGACCCUGUUCCCUUGACACGCGCGUGGUGUUUGUGGGAGAUCUUCUGUGGCAUCAGCAACGAAGGCACAGAGGUCACCAUCCAACUACCCAACAGCGAAGAACAGGCACUCGAAAACGCCAUUCGCGACGACUAUGAAGCCGUCACCGACACACUGGUGCGCGUGCAGGCACAGCGAGCCGACGCCUUUAACCCCCAUGACAAACACAUGAUCUUCACGGCGAUCGAGUCGUGGGCGGGUGGCUUCAGCGCAGUCAACCAGGCCGUGAAAGACCAGCUGCGCGCGUGGUGCCUGCAAAAGGCGGUGGGUGCCGUCGAAGCAAUGCGGGCACGCGGCGAGGACAGCACUGAUGCUUUCGCAAAGCUGCGUGGUGAGGUUGGAAGCGUGUUGUUGCAGUUUGGCGAGCACGACAAGGCCAUUGCCUACUACGAGACAGCGCUGGCGGUUUACCUCCGCACUGAGGGGGAGAAGGGAGGGAACGUGGCGGCGUUGUACAACAACCUCGGCGCCGCCUACGCCGACAAGGGCGAGUACGACAGAGCCGUCCAGCUGUACGAGAAGGCGCUCGCCAUCACGGUGGAGGCGUUGGGUGAGAAGCACCCGAGCACAGCCGACACCUACAACAACCUCGGCAACGCCUACUACAGCAAGGGCGACUACGACAAGGCAGUUGCGUUUUAUGAGAAGGCCCUCGCCAUCAGGGUGGAGACGCUGGGUGAGAAGCAUCCGAGCACGGCACAGACGUACAACAACCUCGGUAUCGCCUACCACAGCAAAGGCGACUACGACAAGGCGAUUGCGUACCAUGAGAAGGCCCUCGCCAUCAAGGUGGAGACGUUGGGCGAACAUCACCCGAACACAGCAACCACGUACAACAACCUCGGCGAAGCAUACUACAGCAAAGGCGAGUACGACAGAGCCAUUGGCUGCUACGAGAAGGCCCUCACCAUCAAGGUGGACACAGUGGGAGAGAAGCACCCGAGUACAGCGAGCACCUACGGCAACCUCGGCAGCGUCUACCACAGCAAGGGCGACUACGACAAGGCCAUCCAGCUGUAUGAGAAGGACCUCGCCAUCACGGUGGAAGCGUUGGGCGAGAAGCACCCGAGCGUAGCCACAUCGUGCUUCAACAUUGGCCUGCUGCACGACAAGCGCGGGGACAAGGAGCAGGCCUGCGUCUACGUCCAACAGGCGCUCAAUGUUUUCGUGGUCAUGCUUGGGCCAGACCACCCACACACACGCAUGGCAGAGUGCGAACUGCAACGCAUUCGCGGUGACGACGAGCCCGAUGACGGCGGUGCACGCACGGCCGAUUCCCUGGGCGAGGAUGAGGAGAAGGACAAGGAGAACGACGAGCAGAAGCAGCAGGAGAAGCAGCAGGAAGGGAGCGGUGAUGACCAAGUGCAAGCUGUGGCUGGCCAGCAAGAUGCAGCAGACGAAGACGAGCCGCAGGAGCGUUCUCCACAACGGCCUCCGGCCGGCUGGUUGCGGAAGCGUGGGCGACGGAGGGCCGCCUUUCGCCCGUGCUGGUGCAAGCUUGACGACAACGGCCACUUCGCGUACGGCAAGUCGGCUUCAGGCACGGCCAAGCGACGCAUCUCCCUUUCCAACGUGCUAUCAGCUGAGCUCGCCCAUGGUGACGAAGAGCUGCACGUUGCUGUUCCUGGCCGCACAUUCGUCUUCCGCCUGCACGCGCGCUCUGACACCUCGCUCGCUGACUGGUGCACCGCCAUCAACAGCCGCAUCAACGCCACCACUUGACUGUGUGCUGUGCUGUGUGUGUGUGUGUGUGUGUGUGUGUGUGCGUGCUUGCUGGUUUGCCUCUUUGCUCCUGUCUUUCCUUUACG